AUGAUUAAAUUUUUCAAGUUAAUUAUUCGAAAAUGUAAACAAUCAAGAAUAAUAAUAUUAUAUAUAAUAUUAUCUAUAUUAUUAAUAUAUAUAAUAACAAUUCAAUAUUAUUAUUCGAAUAUUAUUUUUAAAAAAUCUAAUUCAUCAUGUGUUGAUAGAAUAAAAAAAGAUGAAAUAUUUGAUAAAUUUGAUAAAUUUGAAGAAUUAUAUAAAUCAUCUCAAACAUUAUGUAGUAAAAGAUCUGUUAAACAUGGUUAUAAUCAACGAGUUAUUUCUAUAUCAGCUUAUCAAUCAAAUAAAGAUAAUAUUUAUCUUGUUGAUAAAAUCUUGUUAUAUACACUUGAAUUUAUUGUUGAAGCAAAACAUUAUUAUCCUGAUUGGCGUGUUAGAGUUUAUUAUCAUAAUCUUAAUAUAACAAAUGAUCAAAUAAUAAAUAUUGAAAAACGUUUUGAUAAUGUUGAUUUUUGUUAUGUAUAUGAUAUUAAAAUCUUAUCAAAUAUAAUUGAAUAUAUGUCUGGAAGAUUUCAUCGUUUUAUUCCAUUAGGUGAUCCUUAUGUUGAUAUAUAUAUGUCAAGAGAUAUUGAUUCACCAAUAUAUCAACGUGAACUUCUAUCAGUAAAUCAAUGGUUAUUAUCUGAUAAACUUUAUCAUAUUAUGCGUGAUCAUCCUCAUCAUAAUGAUGUUAUUUUAGCUGGUCUUUGGGGAUUUAAAAUUUCAAUAAAUCGAACAAUUACAAAUAAUAUAAUUAAAUAUUUAUUUUCAAAAUCUAUUCUUAAUUGUUAUAAUUCAAUGAGAGGUGAUCAAGAUUUUCUUCGAGAUUAUGUUUGGCCAAUAGCUGAAAAAGAAUCAAUACAACAUGAUAGUUUUCAUUGUAAAUUAUAUAAAUUUUCAAUACCUUUUCCAAAACCAAAAUUAUCUAUUACACAAUUUGUUGGUUGUCGUCGACCUUGUCGUUAUAAUCAAGAUCCACCAGGACCAUGUCCAAUUAAAUGUUUACCACAUAAUUAUACUGAUCAAUAUUUAUGCUAA